UGGUACGGGGUCCUUAAAGUAAAAGUUGGUAUCUGCCUCAAGAAUUCGCAGAGCAAAAGCAAUUGAUAUAUUAAACAAACAUCUAAAGGAGCUUUGUGGGUGUUGUUUGUAUGAUCCAAUUUCUUAACAGAUGCCACAAUUUCUUACAAAAUCUUAGCUCAGCCCCACUCUUUCCAUGUCCCAAUUCUAUAUACCCUUUCCCCAUUGCUUCUUCUUUGUUCAUUUCUAGCUUUGAACAGUAAAAAUGGAAGCAAUAUCAGUGUCUAUGUUAAUGGGGUUGGCCAUGGCCAUGGCUAGCUUGCUUAUAAUCCGGGUUUCCGGCCAAGAUUCUCCGGUGGAUCACUUUUCCGGGGGACAUUACAGCCAACAAAUGCGAAAAAUGAAAGCCCUGAAGACCUCAUUGCUCCGCCGUGACUCGGUUUCUCUUCCCCCGAGCUCAGCCGCUGCUCCUUCUCCUAGCGGGAGUCCUUCACAGGUCGGAUCAGCUCCACGUCUGUAUCUCGUGACAUCGUACGGUGCGGAUCCAACGGGAGUGGCCGAUAGUACGGAGGCCAUUCUUGGGGCGUUAUCGGACGCGUUUAAGGGGCCCAGUGACGGGGUCUUGAUGGAGGGAAUUGCAAAUCUGGGAGGUGCACGGAUUGAUCUGGAAGGCGGCAGUUACCUGAUCAGCAGACCCCUGAGGUUUCCGGCCACCGGCGCUGGAAACAUAAUGAUCCAUGGAGGAACACUGAAAGCAUCGGAUAAUUUUCCGGCUGAUGGCUACCUCAUUGAUUUAUCUUCUAGCUCUAGCAACCAGAAGAAAGAAAACAACCAGACCACCGUGGCUGACCAGCUAAUUUCUUCAUCAUCAACCUAUAACUACGAAUUCAUCAGCCUCAGAGACCUCAUGUUGGAUUCCAACUACCGGGGCGGCGGCAUUGCAGUCAUAAACUCUCUCAGAACCACCAUAGACAACUGCUACAUCGCCCAUUUCAACACCACCGGAAUCCUCAUCCAAGGUGGCCACGAGACCCUCGUCCACAGCUCCUUCCUCGGUCAGCACAUCACCGCCGGGGGCGACCCCGGUGAGAGGAGCUUUUCCGGCACGGCCAUAAACAUCGUCGGCAACGAUAACGCCAUCACCGACGUGGUAAUAUAUUCAGCGGCAGUGGGCGUGAUGGUGUCCGGCCAAGCCAACACCCUCUCCGGGGUUCACUGCUAUAACAAAGCCACUGGGUUCGGGGGCACCGGGAUAUACCUCAAGCUGCCGAGCUUGACACAGACCCGGAUCGUGAACUGUUACUUGGACUACACCGGGAUUGUUGCAGAAGACCCAGUUCAGCUACAUAUCUCUAGCAGCUUCUUCCUGGGCGAUGCCUACAUCGUCUUCAAGUCCAUUAAUGGCGUAGCCAGAGGGGUCAGCGUGGUGGGCAACAUGUUCAGUGGGUCAGGAAAAGGGGUGGAGAUUGUUCAGUUGGAUCAGAAGAAUGGACCCUUCAAGGAGAUUGAUCAAGUGGUUGUCGAUGGAAACAAUGUGAAUGGAAUGAAGGUGAGAGCCACAGUUGGAAGGGACUCAACUCAAGGUAAUGGAACCUCAUGGAGUAUUGACUUCAAUCCAAUUCUUCUGUUUCCUAACCAUAUAAGACAUGUACAAUACUCCCUCCUAACUACCGCUGGCUCCUCCUUCCCUCUCCAUGCCCUGAGAAAUGUGUCCGGUAACCGGGUUGUGAUCGAAUCCAAUGUUGCAGUUCCGGCAAGUGUUUUUGUCACGGUGGAUCAAUGAAUCGCAUCUGGGGCCAAGCUGAUUAGCCCAGUUUCAAGGGUUGGAGUGAUCCUACUACUAAUUCAUACAUGUUGUAUGCCAAGAAAAGUUGUUGAAACUAAUCAAUGAUUUUAACUUAUACUUCGUUCCCAAGGUGGAAAUAUACUUUUGAUCAUCAUCCAUAUGUUCAAAUGUCAAAGCCUUUUGAGUCGA